UUAUACUCUGUGUCACUUUACUUAUUUUUCUUGCCAAUAAAUGUCAUGGUGGUCGUGAGUAAUUUCUCAAAGCGAUCAGUGGUUUCCAUGUCAACAAAGAAUGUCUCCACGUUUCCUCCACAGCACCCGCAAAUUGUGAGCGGGAGGUUCCCCAUGCAGUGCUACCCGCUGACAAUAGACGUUGGACUGGAUAAAGUCUUGAACCACCCAUGAGAGAUUCUCUCUGGGAUUCAGGUCCAUCAGUGCUGUGAUGUAAUGGUGGGGGAGGGGUCCGAGUGACUGAAUGGUUCGACUGUGUGCUCUGUGGCGUGAUUUGGGCCCCAAUUUAGUGCCUCAUUGUCUGAUUGGAUGAGUGCUAAUGUGGUUAAACAAUCAAAUAGAUUGCUGCUUCAUGCAGAGCUGAGUGCACAGAGUUCGCCCUGCCGAGUGGAAGUUUGCUUACUAGUCAAAUCCUUACUUAGACAGCGUUCCAUUUGGGUGGUUAAAAUAUAAAACAUUACAGCAGCUUAUCUUCACUAAAUGCUUUUAAGACUUGCUUUUAUGUUCCACUGUAUCUUGCUGUGGUAUCCUGCUUCAUACAUGUCUACAUGCAUGCGUAUGGUUUUAUAUCUAAAUGUGUUUAUUUUAUGUUUUUGUGUUUCUUCGACCACUUAGUAGUAGCUUCCUGUAUUGCAGGAAUUCAGAUUGGGUGUUCUGUAAUGUGUUUUUUUUUUGUUUUGUUUUGAAGAAACAAGUUAGUCAUAUUUAAUAACUUCAAUAGAAAAUAUUUGUAGUAAUAAGUCACAGAAAUUUAAAGUAGAAAUUUAAAGUGUGCUGUUUUGUUGUGUGCGUUUGGGCAAGUUACCAUUUCACAAAAACGGCUCAAGUUCCUCUUUUCAUGUCAGGCACUGCAGUCUAGCUCAUACAAAUUGGCUGUUGUUUGUAGGAUACUGUAUACUGGCUUUCCCACUAACCUUUAUUGCGAGGUCACAGUAUUCAUGGAAAGUAAACAUGAUACAAACAUGAUUUUCAGUCAUUUCCUGCUUUGCUGUGCUCUGACAGGAAGUAGGUGACCUGCAUGUUUUGCCACUGUCAUAUGUCUCUUCACAGACAGUUUCCCUCUCCCCUCUAUCUUUUACAUGCACACCAGCUGGCGCACACACACACACACACACACAUACACGAGCAGUAUCUUCCUGCCACUAUUGUAAUGCACUGUCAGUUCUCUUUUCCACUGCACAGCUGCAACGAGACGAUGUGCUUACUGGCGAGGGCGUUACUAAAUGUGUCGGUCCAAUUCUCGUCGGCUGAUUAACUACAUGGAUCUCUUAAUUCUAAGCGCAUAAACAUGGUGGACUUUUACACCAAACUUCGGCCCAACCGUCGGGUCAGUCAGGGUCUUGCUGUCCCAGUGGGUGAUCAGGUGGGACAAGAAAAUCCUUGCUCUGCUAUUUACGUCAAUGUAGCACAGCUCCGCCAGAGCAUCUCGGAGUCUCCACCCUCGGCCACCUUGUCUCCACGCCUGCUCCACCCUGAAGGAUGGGAGGUGCAUGUUGACCAGGCGAGUGGACAGGAGUACUUCUAUCACCCAGACACAGGGCGCACCACCUGGGACAACCCCUUUUUAGACUGUCCCCCUGACCUUGUGCCUUACAACCCAUCUUCGCCUCGCUCUCCUUUAUCUGCCUCCCCCUCUGCGUGGCACUCGGACUGGGAGCAGUUAGUCGAUGAGAGUACUGGUCGGCCGUAUUACUACAACGCCAUGUCUGGAGAAACGUCCUGGGAGCCUCCUGAGCAGCUGAGCCCAUACUCCCCCGCGAUGGAGUCGACGAGCGUUCAAGGGUUCCAGGAGGAUGGGCCGCCUCCUCUACCAGAGGAAGACUACCCAUGCAUAGAUUAUCCAACUAGUGAGCCACCUGAGGUCUAUGAGGAAAUCCAGACCUCACCAGGCCCCUCCAGCCUUCCCAAGGACUAUAACUUUGGCCCUAUUGGCCGAACCAUCAUUCCUCGAGCAAACCUGGACCGCACGACUCCCACAGGUUGGAACCUCACAGUGGAACCCAAUGGUACCUGGGUGUUUACCAGCGAACAUUGUCCAGAUCAGUGGGUGAAGUCAGUGGAUGAUCGAGGACAAACCUACUACUACCAGAGAGAUGGCACAAAGUCCCAAUGGAACCUGCCAGAGACUCCAGGUCAGUCCAGGGCAGAAAACGGUCUGGAAGCGGAAAACGUGUCGGUCAUUAAGAACUGGAGACACUCGAUGGGACCAGCCCAGCUCAGCCCAGCCCUGGAUGAAGGGCGGUUUGUCCCAGCUCACAGGAGAAACGCGUCGGACCACAGCAGUGGAAGUUCCAGCACUGGAAACUCUCCAGAAUCUCAGCACAAUCUGCAGAAUCUGGAAAAGGCUGGAAUUCUGAACAAAACAAAAGUGUCAGAGAAUGGCAAAAAAGUGAGGAAAAACUGGGCACAGACCUGGACAGUACUUCAUGGAGGAGCUCUGAUAUUCCAUAAAGACCCAAAGUCGACAGCAGCAGGCUCGGCGAACAAAACCAAUCAGAUCCUGCCAGAGGUGACGGUGGACUUGCGGGGAGCCGUGAUUGGCUGGGCUUCCAAGGACAAAUCCAGCAAGAAAAACGUCCUCGAGUUAAAAAGCAAGAGUGGCUUGGAGUUUCUUAUCCAGUAUGACACGGAAAGCAUCAUCAAUGACUGGCACAAAGUCCUGACCGACACGAUCCGGCAAUUGGAGUACCAAGAGCAUCACUCAGAGGAGGAGGAGGCGGAUGUUUAUGAGCAGAUCGGACCUGAGAAAGAGGAUAAAGCUGAAGUCGCCGUAGACAAGAAACGUGCCUCCAGAACCAGCAUCACCCACUCGUCCAGCUCUGCAGGAGACUCGGACCAGAAGAGAGUUCGGACCAAACUCAUGAAGUUCCUCAUGAAGCGGCCCACGCUUCAGUCUGUCAAAGAGAAAGGAUACAUCCGAGACAACGUCUUCGGCUGCCACCUGGCCACCCUGUGUGCCCAAGAGAGAACAACUGUUCCCAGUUUUGUAGAGAAGUGCAUCAAAGCUGUGGAGCGACGUGGUCUGGAGAUCGACGGACUCUACAGGGUGAGCGGAAACCUUGCUGUCAUCCAGAAACUGCGGUUCAAAGCUGAUCACGAGGAGCUGGACCUGGAGGACGGACAGUGGGAAGACGUGCACGUCAUCACAGGAGCGCUCAAGUUGUUUUUCCGUGAACUUCCCGAGCCCCUCUUUCCAUUUAGCCACUUUCACAAGUUCAUCGAAGCCAUCAGGAUUUUAGAUUACAACUCCAAGCUGUGCUGCAUUUAUGACCUGGUCCACACACUUCCUCCUUCCAAUCACGACACCAUGAAGCUACUUUUUGGACAUUUACGCAGGGUGAUCCAGUAUGGUGAAAGCAAUCGUAUGACGACACAGAACGUCGCCAUUGUGUUUGGACCGACUCUCCUGCGACCCGAGAUGGAGGCAUCUAACAUCACUAUGCACAUGGUCUACCAGAACCAGAUUGUGGAGCUCAUCCUCAAUGAAUAUGAUCACAUUUUCUCCUAAGGCAUGUGAACUAGCGUUUCUGACUGUGCUUCAGCCUGGCGGCAGGUGUGAUAGCAAAGCUUAUGUUUGGGUCCCUCCUCAACCCUAUAACUAAGGUGCACAAGGACAGAAGAAAUGGAUUUAUGAGAACAAUUUGAUAACAAAUGAUAAAAUAACUAAAUAAAUAUUAUACAAAUUCCCCUUGGAGGGCUAGUAUUAAUUAAAACCAGAUAUGCGUAACUGACUUUGCCACUUUGUGAUAGGGUCCCUUCAGCAGUUCCUGUCACCAUGUUUAUGUUUGUUUUAAAGAUUUUGUUGCUGUGUUUGUUCCACUCAAUCUGUCCGCUCCACCAAGAUUACGUGGCACAUGGUCAGGUGACUGGUAAGGUUUUUCAGGUGUCCCAAAUGUCAUCUGAGGAAAGAAGGAGUGGAUUAUUAUUGGUGAGAAAAGCUUCUUAGUUGCAUAACAUGUUGAUGCUGUUACUGAAACAAAAGUGUCUGAGGUGUCCAGGAGAACUGCAAUUGAUUUUUGACCUGGUAAUAUCUCAAGUCUAGUCACUGCUGUGAUGCUUUGGUGCAGUGUGGCACCACUGUCGUGUGAAAAAAAGUUGCAGGGGAAACCAUGUGGUGCUUCCUCUGAAUCGCUGCUGCGUAUCUUGGCAGUGACUUGUUAAUGUGCCAGCAUUUCUGUGAUCAAAGAGAGACAAAACUAGAGUUGAUAUGAAGACAAUUCUGUCAGUCCUUAUGAUAUUUAUCUUAAUCCCACUUGUCACUUUCUUUUUCUUUGCUACAACUUUGACCCACUCACUGUUAAUCUGUUCUUGUUCUUUUUUCUUUUGUAAUAUAGAAAUGUAUAAAACUCGCUGUGAAGAAGAUAAUAUAAACAUUCGGUGUAAAUUUUCCACCGAUUAUGGUUGAGGAAACUAAUGAAUCUGCCGUCGCUAGAACAGACUGUAAUUCCUGUAAAUAGAAGAAACAGCAUGUGGAUGCUGACCAUGAACAUAAUUUCACAAUAAAAGUAA